UCUGCGCGAUCUGGCCGCCGAGCCACACACACCGAUGGGAUGGGAUGGGAGUACUCUAUGAUAAAAAAUAUAACCUAAAACUUUGAUUAAGAAAACCAAAAUGAUGAAUACUGUAAAAUAUAAAGAAGUUAAAACAAAUGGUAUUAAUGACUCGGAAAAAAAGCGGCUAGAAUCAUUGAAGCAAAAGAAAGAAGCAUUUAGGACUAAAGAAUUGAUGGUGCAAAAUGCAUUAAAGAAUUUGGAUAAUAAGUCAAAUCAUAAUAAAAUAAUAUUUGAUGAAGAUAUCGAUAAAGUGGAUCAACCUAAAAUUAAAAAAAAAUUACGAAACCAGAAGCAUAGUUUGUUCAACGACGAUGAUGAUGAUGAUGAUGAUGAUGAUGAUGAUGAUGAUGAUGAUGAUGAUAGAGACAAUGAUGAAUCGUUUUGGGAUGAUAGUAAAUUUGACAUUACAGAAAAGCCUCGUAAAGAAAUUAUUACUUUAGGAAACGACGAAAGGUUUAAAAUUGACAAACAUUUCAUGGAAGAUGAUCAUGUAUUAGAUAAAAAUAAUAUAACAGAAAAUAAUGAUGAGUCUGAUUUACAAAAGGAAAAAGAAUGGCAAAUGGAUAUUUUAGAAAAUAUUUUAGGAGUACCGAUUCAGACUGCUUCGAAAAGCAAAGAAAUGAACAAGGAUUUAAAGUUUCCCAAAAAACAAAUGAUAAGAUACGAUCCUACAAAAAGCGAUCAUAAAGAAUAUGAAAUUAUUGCAGAAAAGUCGGAAGUUGAUACUAAAAAUGUUAAAAAGAAAAAAAGAGCCAAGAACAAUGAAAAUACUGUUGAAAAUUCACAGACAGAAGUAUCAAAAGAUGUAUACUUUUCAGUAUCAGGAUCAUUAACAAAAAGUUUGAAAGAACGAGGCCAGUUUAGUUUACUAAAAACGUGUCCGAAAGAAGAAACCAACGAAAACGAAGAACCGGAAUAUAACAUGUCCACCAUAGACUCCAGAAAAGAAAAAAAAUUUCAAUUUAGUUUUGAUAGAAAAAAUCCAUUCAAGUAUGACUCUUCUGACGAUGAGAAGGAGAAUAAAGAAGCGGAAAAAAAGAUUGAAUGUACAGCCGAUCAAAUGCUUAAAGAGACAAAUAAUUUUUUCUUUGACAUCAAUGAUACACGGUUUAAUGAGGCAAUAAAAUUUUUCUCCGAAGGAGUUGAAUCGGGUGAAAAUUUUAGCAAUCUCCGACAGAAAUUAAAACAAAUUAUGCGUUCAAAAAUUCAAAGAAAUAUAAAGAGAAAUCAACCAGGUGGACGUAAAAGAAAAAUUAAACGUUAG